ACCUCUUACGCCUUCCCCUGCUAACCCACCACCUUCCCCUUCCUCUUCCUCUUCCUCUUCUCCUUCCCCCUCGCUAUAAAUCCCCCACCCACGCUUAUUCUCCUGCACCACCAACUCCCCCUCUCUCUCUCUCUCUCUCUCGCUCUCUGAGCUUCACAGACAAGCGGCCUCUUCUUAAUUGAUCUUUUUUUAAACAAUGGCGGUGAAGAAGCUGGGAGUGAAGCAGAUCCUGAAGAGGUGCUCCAGCCUGGGGAAGAGGAACUCCGGGGAAGAGUCGGGGGAUCAGCUGCCGGGGGACGUGCCCAAGGGCCACUUCGCCGUCUACGUCGGCGAGAAGCGCAGCCGGUUCAUCGUGCCCAUCUCGAUGCUCAGCCACCCCGAGUUCCAGAGUCUGCUGCAGAUGGCGGAGGAGGAGUUCGGGUUCGGCCAUGACAUGGGUCUCAUCAUCCCCUGCGAGGAGAUCGUCUUUCGCUCCUUGACUUCCGCCCUCGCAUGAUCCUCCCAUGCAUCUCUCUUCUUCUUCUUCUUCUUCUUCUUCCUCCUCCUUCUGCUAUGGACUUUUUCUUCUUCUAUCCUUUUUACGGGGAGAAAUUUGCUUUUUUCUGCUCUCGGGAAGGUGGGGUUUCCUUUUUUUUCUCCAUCCCUCUUUUUAACUGGAAACCUUUCCCUGAACGAGAAGCAGCAAGGCUAAGCUUUUGAACUCCCCGGAUGAAUUCGCAGAAGAAGAAGUUACAGCUGCAAGAAUUGGAAUUUUUGGGCCACACCCACUUUUUUUUUUCACUUUCUUUUUGUAGUACCUCGACUUUUACCGGAAACCGGUGGGAAUCACGUCUGGGUUGAAGGUGAUGUAUAAUUUUGUGUAGGUGUAAUGAAAUUAUGUAUAGCCAUUAAUGAUCA